AUGGCUGGACACGUAGAAGAUAAAGUCAUGUCGAAUGUCAAGUCCUGUCCUGCAUAUUCAAACAUGGCCGAUGAAUCAACAGACAUAUCAAACAGGAAACAUCUUAUAUUCAGCGUCAUGUACAUUGAUGCACAGAGUGGUGAAUUGAGAACAGAAUAUGUCAGGGAUUUAGAGAUACCAGAUGGAAAAGCUGAAACAAUUUACAAAGAAACAAAGGACCUGAUCGAGACUAACUUGAGCAUUGACAACUUGGUAGCCUUUGGUAGCGAUGGAUGUAACACAAUGAUAGGAUCCAAGGCUGGGGUAGUCACAAGACUGAAAGACAUAAAGUCAACCCUAAUCAACAUACACUGUCAUAACCAUAGCCCUGGCUGCAAAAGACAGUUUGAGGAUAUACCACUAUUCAAAGACGUAGAUGAUACAUUAACACAUGUUUUCAAAUAUUACCACUGCUCUGCUGUAAGGACCAACAACCUUGAGAAAAUACAGAAGCCCUUUAAUGAAACUGAAACAUAA